UAUUGGUAACACACAGGAAGUUCCUAUUCCACCACAAUAAACCAACACGUGAGAGUUCACCAAUGUGAAACAAACUAAAGCGUGUGAAAAUGGACGAAGAACAAACGGGGGGCUACAGCGAUAUUUGUGGCCAGUGUGGAGAGGUGGACUGGGGGGUGUCGGAUGAGGGUCGGUUCUACUGCAGGUCCUGUCAUAAUGUCAUCGAGAGAACAAAAGAAGUUGUGGAUACAAACACUCUUAUGAUUGGUACCAGCAGAGUGUCCUCCAUCUCCAAGGGAACCAGAAGGAAAAAACUAGAGCAAGGGCGAGCGUGGAUGGUGUGUGAGGGCUUUCAGUUCAUCCUAAAGCACCAGGCUGAGGCUCUCCUGGCCAUGGGAGUCUGCCCACAGUUCAAGGAUGACGUGCUGUGUCAGUUUUGGAGAAUGUACCUACAGAAGAGCCGACAGGCCUACACCAAGAAUCCUGUGCAUGAUGGGAAAUUUAGACUGCGUUCUCAGGGCUCUGGGGAGUCAGACAGUGCUCCGGAGUCGUCCGUGAUGAGUGACUCUAUGAUGUCUGUCUCUGAGACAGACGGGGAUGGAGAUUGGGCCAGUGGAGGAGGCUCUGUCUCAGGUCACACCAGUGACGGAGGCUCCUCUGUGUGUUCCGGUUCUAUUGACGCCGUCUCGUACCUGACCCCGCGCCAGAGGAGGAGCCAGGGGUUGAUGAGCAUGCCCAAGACCCUGGCACUGUGCCACCUGGCCCUGGUGUGGGCCAGAGAGGCCAUCACACUGGCAGACCUGCUCAGGUUUGUGAAUGGGGGCCACAUCCCCUAUGUGAACGCCUACGAGGACUUCCCAGAGGAGAUGAGGCUCUACGGCCGAGACUCACUCAUCUUCAGAGUGGAGUCUAUCCCCUCUUACAGCCACCUGCACAAGGAGGCCAAGACCCUGGCUGUGUUCCUGGAGCUACCCCUCUUCCCCCCCAUCACCCUGGACUGCCUGCUGCACCCCUCCCUGCUCACUCUCCGCUACCUCACCGAAGUCAACCUGCCCGAUGAGCUGCAUGACUGGGUGUGCAGGAUCAUGGAGAAGGCUGGUAUGGAGUCGUUCGUUACCUUUGAACCCAUGAGGUGCAGAUCCCCUCUCCCACACUACGAUGUCCAGGCUGCUGCCCUGAUCAUCAUCGCCAUGAAGCUGCUCUUCAAACUAGACGACCACACUGAGUGGGAUUUAUCCAGUGACGCAAGUGACCAAAACAAGGAAAACCCAGAUGGGAACAGCUUUAACCUGAGGAGGUGGUACAAGGCAAUGCAGACUGCCCUGACCACAGCUGCACGGAGACAGCAGGAAAACAUAGCCAGAAAGUAUUGGAAGCCCCAGAAACCUCUAUACACCUCGAAGAAAGACAAGUCAGUCAUUCUCAAAAGGAGACGUAUUGCAGAGCAGCUCCAGUUGAGUUUCCAGAAACUGUCUGGUUCCCCUGUGGCCCCACCAUCCUCCCCUCCCUCCAGCUUCUGUUUCCGCUGGGGUGAGGAGGAGGAGGGGGAGGAGGUCUGGGACGGGCCCAGCCUGCACCACCAGACCCUGGACAGCAGUGUCCGGCAGAGCGGGGCAAGCCUCCAGCCCUCCAACCCAGAAUACUGGCACCCAGCCCUGAGGGCCUGCAAGCCCAGGUUUUGUAAGAGCCACUAUGCGGAGGUAGAGGCCACUCUGCCCAGGAUGUACGUGUGGCUGUUGGACCUCUUCUCCUUCCUCCUGGGGGUUAAACCUGGCUGUGUAUACGAGGAGGUACUGAAGGUGGAGAGGCGCUUCCUCGGGAGCAGCAAGUCCCAGCCCAGGGCAAGAGCUACGCCCAGAGAGACACAGCCCAAAAAACAACCCAAACGCAAACAAACCAGAAAAACUUGUUCUAGGUGACGAGCGACUUCAUCGGGAACAACUACUGUCGAUUUAUUUAUGUGCUUCUUAUAUCAAUGCAAAUUGAUUGUGCCUUUUUUUUUGUACAAAUUGCCUCAUUGCAUUGCCAUGGAUGAAUGGCAAUGCUCCUAUGAUUACAAUGCAUUAUGAAGUUUGUGAAAAUGUACUUUUUGAAAUUAUAUUAAACUGUUCUGUUAUUACAAUGUUAUAA